GGUAUUCUUUAUGGAGAACCCAGAUCCGAGUCGGUCAUUGCCGUCUCGUAUAGCGUCUCUGGUUCAUGGUCAUUUUGAUGGCUUGCCUAGCCGCAGUAAGCCGACGGUGCGGUCUGAUGGGACGAAGGAGUGGAUUCCCAUGUCGGGAAUCGUGAUAGUGAAAGGAGAAAACACACCCUCGGAAAAGCUGACCUGCGUGGCUGUCACUUCCGGAGCGAAGUGUCUCUCUGCAUCUCAAGUCCCCAAUGGUAAAGGUCUCGUGCUGCAUGACUGGCACGCGGAGAUCUUAGCCCUGAGGGCAUUCAAUUACUGGCUUCUCUCUGAAUCUCGCAGCGUUCUGGCGAAUGAACGACAUCAAGGCGACCCCUCAGAUGAGAACACAGAACCAUCUAUUUCAACAUCAUCCCCUUAUAUCCGUCGCAGACAACGACCGCAACACCCAAAUGAACAUCCCUCACCCCCAUUUGAGCUGCAACCCGACAUCACAAUUUACAUGUAUUGCACCUGCGCUCCCUGCGGCGACGCCAGCAUGGAGCUCUGCAUGGCUGCACAAGACGACCCUACGCCAUGGGAGGUCAAGAGCCCUAGAAACAAGGACACCAUGAACCCGACCGACUCCCACAAUCACGAACAAGAUCAGGAGCCCAAGCUCCUUGACGGACGAGGCUAUUUCUCCCGUUUAGGCAUCGUCCGUCGCAAGCCGGCUCGCGCAGACGCCGAUGCCACCAUGAGCAAAUCCUGCUCGGACAAGCUAUCCCUCAGACAGAUCUCGUCGCUGCUGUCCUUCGAGACAAGUCUUCUCGUUGCACCGACUGAGUCGGCGUAUCUGGCCGGUGUCAUUCUCCCUGAAAGGGAAAUCAGCGAUGUUGCCUGCUUGCGGGCGUUCAGUGACCAGGGCAGAUUGAAGGAGUUGAAGGGCCGGUCGUGGCCACUUGGGGGUUGUGAUGAUGCUGAGUCCAACAUGUACGGAUACCGGUUCCGUCCGUUUCAGGUUCUUUCGAUACCUGAUGGCCAGUACGAUUCGCUUUGGAAGUUUGGGAAGACCCAGGCCGGGUCUUCUGAUGAGGUCGAAGUGCAAGAGAAAUGCAAGCCGGCAACCGUCUCGGCGCUUUGGGUGGCAGCACCGUCUGUUUCAAGUCCAGGGCUGUCACCAGUGGUAGACACCAGUGUGAAAUCGCUUCCCGUCCUUCGAGGGUCCAAAACGGGUGUCUACGAGAAUAUCAUCAGUGGCGUGAAGCAAGGGAAUAAGGCCUCGGCUCCUCAGGCCCGGGGAGCGUCUGCACUGUCCCGUGCAAAACUAUGGGGAAUCUGGAGAGAGAUUGUCCGGAUUUCUUAUCCCGAGACUGUUGACGAAGAAGGAAAUGCGAACAACCCAGAAGAGAAUUUAGAGAAGCUAGCUGCCCCCACGGCGAUUGUCGAGGCUGCUACGUAUCGGGAAUUUAAAAAGGCCCCCGUCACAGAGAUGGCGGCCAUUGCGGCGCGGAAAUCAGCGAUACAGGAGGCAAAGAGAGUCUUGGGUGGCUGGGUCGCCAAUGUAGAUGAUGCGGACUGGGGAUUAGAUGUUCUGGUUGAUCCCAAGAAGCGAAAGCGUUGAGGCUGAGGGAAUAUAUCGAGGCUAUAUGAUUUAAUGGUUCUAUUAUGCGUUAUGAGUUGGCUAUUAAGAAAUUAAAUACCCAUGUGCU